ACGAGCGAACCAACAAACAUGGCGGGGAUAACAGAUACUCGAGCUCCUCCUGAGGUUGUUAGAGGACAACAAUUCGACGUUGGACCUAGAUAUUCAAAUCUGAACUACAUUGGAGAAGGAGCUUAUGGAAUGGUCUGCUCGGCGCUCGACAACCAAACAGGGCAGCGAGUUGCUAUCAAGAAGAUUAGCCCUUUCGAACAUCAAACCUACUGCCAGCGAACUCUACGUGAAAUCAAGAUCCUCCGUCGAUUCAAGCAUGAAAAUAUUAUAGGCAUUUUGGACAUCAUACGAGCCCCAACCAUUGAAGACAUGAAGGAUGUAUAUAUUGUACAAAGCCUGAUGGAGACUGAUAUGUACAAGCUAUUGAAGUCGCAGAAACUUAGCAAUGAUCAUAUAUGCUACUUCUUGUAUCAAAUAUUGAGAGGACUCAAAUACAUUCACUCUGCUAAUGUUCUGCAUCGAGACUUGAAGCCGAGCAACUUGUUGUUAAACACAACAUGUGAUCUUAAGAUCUGUGACUUUGGUUUGGCAAGAGUUGCUGACCCAGAGCAUGAUCACACUGGUUUUUUGACUGAGUAUGUGGCUACCAGAUGGUAUAGAGCACCAGAAAUUAUGUUGAACUCCAAAGGCUACAGCAAGGCUAUAGAUAUUUGGUCUGUUGGAUGUAUUCUUGGAGAAAUGCUCUCAAACAGACCAAUUUUCCCUGGAAAACACUAUCUUGAUCAACUGAAUCUCAUUCUUAAUAUCCUUGGUUCACCAAGUGAAGAUGAUCUCCAGUGCAUCAAAAAUGAUAAGGCACGCAGUUAUCUUGAGUCUCUACCUUUCAAGCCUAAGGUUCCCUGGACAAGAGUAUUUAAUAAUGCAAAUCCAAAAGCUCUAGAUCUGAUUGACAAGAUGUUGACAUUCAAUCCCAAUACAAGGAUCACUAUUGAGGAAUCAUUAGCACAUCCAUAUCUGGAACAGUAUUAUGAUCCUGGUGAUGAGCCUAUUGCUGAGGAACCAUUCAGGUUUGAGACAGAGUUGGAUGACUUACCAAAAGAAAGUCUGAAAGAAUUAAUUUUCCAGGAGACUUCUCACUAUCCGUCAUCAGGUGCGUCCAGGUCAUGAACAGGUUGUGAUGUUAGCAGUGUUUAUAUUCACCAUUGGAUAUUCAACAUUGAAAAGGAAGGACACUAAGAAUGGAUGUCUUUUAUACUAAUCUAAUAUAGGAAAAUUGAAUGGCAAUUGACUAGCAGGUUUUAUACAGCUGCUGUCCAGUUCUAGAAAUGUGAUAUGAAUACAACAUAUAUAUGACUGUAUACAAUAUAAUCAUUUGGCCUUCAUUUGACUAUUAAACAGGAAAAAGUCAAACAUCGAUUUUUUGGACUUAAAGUAUCAGAGUUCAACUUAGCUUUCAGUUAAUUCAUUGAAGAAAAAAAACAGUAAUAAUUAUGUUCUUUUACUUUGAUUUCUGGUUUUUACCAUUUAUAAAAACAUUUAGAAAAAUAAAGGUACAAAACCAUGACCUAUAUAUUAUUAUAAUUAUAAUUAUAUAAAUCUAGUCUGAAAGAAUUAAAUUAGAUACAAAAUAUGAAUUGUGUGUAAGUCAGGGUUUGUGUGAAUUAAUAAUUAUACAUGUAUUUCCUUAAAUUCUUUUGUACAAAGUAAAACUACUGUGGCUGCCAGUAUAUUAGUCAGUUUUGGUCAUUAAUACUCGUAAUACAUUGACAAUAUUGGUCAUGUUCAUAUAGUCCAUUCCCCACUAAUGUAUUCUAACAUUACACCACAAUUCCAUAUCUCUUUUUGUGCAAGCAAAAAUCUCCCAUUACCAAAACUUUUUGUUUUUGUGAUGAUGUCCAAAAGCAAAAUAGGAUAAAAUAAUGGUUUUCCCUGGAAUCUAUUGUGAGCAUGAUCUAGACUAACAUAAUGGAACAUUCUAAUCACAUAUUAAUGAUUCUGUACCAUCUGAUUUUGUCACCAAUCCAUCUCCAAUUUGUUUUAUUUAAAAUUGAUGUAGAUUUAAGUUUGCUUAUUACAGUUCUUAUCGUUAAACCUUUUAUUUGACAAACCAGAGAUAUUAGUGAACAAUGUUUCAAUAUGACAUAAUGUCCAAGUUGACAUUAAAAUAUAAUGGUCAAUUUGCUUUGCCACUAAGAUCUUGAAAGGGAAGGUUCGUUUUUCUACCAAUCUUAGUUAUGUCAUUUCUUGAAACCUAAAUAGUGCUUAGCAUUAUUUCGUACUCCUACAAAGGUGGGGGGGGGGGGUUUCGUUUGAACAAUCAACCACCUCUAGUGACGGGCCUGUGUUUGACGAGGAACAUGUGGAAUCCACUGUCAAUUUAAUAGUAAUUCCCUUUAUUGAAAUCAUAGGGGUACUUGGCCUUCAUGUUGUAAUGCAAGUGAAAACUGUUAACCAAACUUUCUGCAUUUCAUCUGCAUGGUGCAUUGUGAUGCAGAUACAAGUUAACAGUCUUCAUAAGAAUGGUGCAUGCUGAUGAGGGAUUUUUUCUAGUUACAUAAAUUUUAUUAUUGCUGCUGUUUGUACUUCAUUGUCAACCAUUAAAAAACAUGAUUUUA